GCAGUAGCAACUGGACUGUCUUAUUUCGUGCGUUGGAUGAGUUGCAUUACACUUAAGAGUUUGAAAAAUGUUUUCUGGUAGGCUUUAAGAAAAUUCCCAGUCUAAAGUGAAGUGAAGCCUCAGAUGAUAAAGAUGAUAAAAUAUUAAAGAUGUUUGUGUACACACAUUCAUGUACCUUUGUGGUGUUUGUUUACAUAAUAUGUGGUGUUACAUUUGCUCAAAACCCAAAGUAGGCAAGUAACUCUUAACAUGUAUUUUCACAAUUUAAAGAAAACUCCAGUUUAUGUACAGUACUGAAUGCUUACUACAAGAAUGCUUCGUGUUGAAAUCCCCUCCCUGUUGUGAAUGCAGCCGUUUGAUUAACCAGUCACAUUCCCUUGUAUCUGUACAGUCUGCUGAUUUACUAGCAAUGAUUAGGUUUAAUCUGUGUUUUGAAUGCACUUAUAACCCUUUUUCGAUGAAAGUAUUAUGGACCAGAAAGAUGCUGUAUUUAUUUUUAUUAGGUAAUGCACUUUACUCACCAUUAAUGUGUAAACUAUUCGUUUGCUACGCUUGUAAUGCCUGGUAGGAUCGAUAAAAAGUAAAACGUCUUUCUUUUAAAUGCGCAAAAGUUUUUGUUGAUAUGAAAAUGGAAAUAUGGAAUCUCGAUCAAAGUUAGACCUUGGCUUGAUAGAUUUCGUCUAAUGCUGCUCUUUUUGUUUAAAAAAAUGUAAAGGAUUUUUUGCGUCUACAAAUGUGCACAUUCGUGAUUUAAGUUUUCUUUUUGUGAGUUCACAGAGGUCUAAACCAUUAGAAAUAGAUUCAUCCUUAAAUUUAUUUCUUGCAAGAAAAAAAAUAUUUUCCUGCUUAGGUGGAUUGCCAAAUACCAGCAGAACUAAAUGUAAUUACCGUAGUCCUAACGUAAAUCUGGCUGUUGUUGAUUGGAGUGUUAUUAUUAGGCCAUUUAUUAUUAACAUCACAAACAUUUUAUUCAGAACAGGGAUUAUUAAAAUUUGCAAACCGCACACAUUAUUGUAUGGGUAAAGAAAUGACAGUUUCUCUGAUAUUAUAAAGAUGCUAACAAAUACUGCUUUUCUGAACACUCAGUUUUAUUUGGUGAUCAUCUUUUCUAGCUAAGCGUCCCUUUUGAAUGCAGAAAUCUCCCAGCCUUCACUGUAACCUCACUUUUAGUCUCCAGCACUAUUCCUGCUGCUAUGUUUGCUUUAUUCUCCAUGCUCUGUUCUUUAUUCCUCUCUGUGAUGAGAAUACUGAAUAAGAUGCCAUUUCAUUUCAAAAUGGGUGUUGAUGGUCUUUGUGAACAGAGCACUGCCACAUGUUCUAACAAAGCCAACAGAACUGCCAGGUUUUUCAUUGGCACUGGUGAAGAGGGGCAGGUUUUAGAGUUUACAGUGGCUUUCUUUCCGGUGUCUAGACUGUUGUCCCCAAAAUGGGUUAUUUUAUUAAGAACCUCAAUGUGCUAUGGUGUGUUUUGGUCCUAAAUUGUGCAGUCCAUGCAGAGCUCUAAUGUGGCAUGCAGUCUUUUUUUUUUCAACUGCUUUCUUUCUUGAAUGGAUUUCUAUUGGCCUUUUUUCCUUUAUCACACAUGUUAGGGUGGCAGGGUGGUGCAGUGGUUAGCAUUGUUGCUUCGCAGAGCUGAGACUCUGGGUUAAAUUCCUGGGGUUGCUAUCUGUGUGGAGUUUGUAUGUCCUCCCCAUGUCAGCCUGUUUUGUUCUGUGGUGCUCUGGUUUCCUCUUUUAGUCUAAAAGCAUACUGAUUGGUCCAUUGGCUUCUGGGAAAGUUGUCCCUGGUGUGAGUGUGUGUGUUUUGUGUCUGUGUCUUGUGGACUGGUGUCCGAUCCAGCGUGUAUCCUGCCUUGUGCCCGUUGCUUGCUGGGAUGGGCUCCAUGCUCAUCCGCACCCCUGUACUGGAUAAAACGGUUAGAAAAUGGAUGGAUGGAUAUUCACAUUUGGAGAAUGAGAUAGAGAAAUUUUAAGAGUCUCGUGUUCUUAUAGCUGUCACUGGUUACUGCAUGUCAUCUAAUGGGGUUUAAGUUUUGCCAUUCACAUCAGUGCUUGUACACUCCACCCAACAUUACUGCUGUGAAAAACUACAUGCCAGUGUGAACUGGAUUUCUCUGUUGGUAUUUUCAUGUACUUGGAAGUAGUCCAGGACAUUCAUAUAUCAAUCUGUCUUACAUAAUGUAAUUCAUUUGCCAUGGGCUAAGUUUACAACACCAAGUCAAUGAACUCCAGUCUGGAACACUUUUUUUUACAUUCAUUAUCUUUAUUUACCGCAUCUUGUUUACAAAGAUAACUGAAGAAGACAACGGGGGGUAAAGACAGACUCAUGAGUUGGUCCAGUGGAUGUCAGGGACGUUAUGGAUUUGACUAAAAUGGGUAUGAUACAACUGCAGAACCCCAGCCAUCCCACAGCACUACUGCAGAAAGCCAACCAGAUGCGCUUGGCUGGGACAUUGUGUGAUGUGGUUAUCAUGGUAGACAGCCAGGAAUUUCAUGCCCAUCGGACAGUGUUGGCUUGCACUAGCAAAAUGUUCGAGAUCCUAUUCCACCGCAACAGCCAGCAUUACACGUUGGACUUCCUCUCACCAAAGACCUUCCAGCAGAUUCUGGAGUAUGCCUACACCGCCACACUCCAAGCAAGAGUGGAAGAUUUGGAUGACCUGCUGUACGCGGCAGAGAUCUUAGAGAUAGAAUACUUAGAAGAGCAAUGCCUAAAGAUCCUGGAAACCAUCCAGUCCUCGGAUGAGAACGACACAGAGGUCAACAUGGCUGAAGGCGCCGCCGAGGACGACGAAGACCGCAAGGCGAGGCAUGUCAAGAACAUGUUGAUCUCAAAGAAGCAUUCCAUGGAGGAAAGUGGCUACGCCUCCUCUACCCUUCAAGGUCUGACCGUCGGCACGAUGGUCGACCAGAGUCCCUCGGUUUCAACCUCUUUUGGUCUCUCUACCAUGAGCCCCACCAAGGCUGCCGUGGACAGUUUGAUGAGCAUUGGGCAGUCCCUAUUGCAGGGCUCCAUGCAGCAGAACCAUGGCGAGCAGAUGAUGGGCCUGAGCGGCUCGCCCCAGGUGAAGACCGAGGUGAAGACAGAGAUGAUGCAGGUGGAUGAGGCCUCGGGGCACGAGAGCCCCAGGACGGCAGAAUCCAGCUCGUCAAGCGGUGGGGAGAAGAGCGGAGAGUCGGACAAGAGCAGGGAAGGCCCGGGAACUCCGACCCGGAGCAGCGUGAUCACGAGCGCCCGUGAACUGCACUACGUCCGUGAAGAAAGUAUCUCUGAUCAGCCGGGCGACGGGAGCCACGCAGCGUUGGAAAGCAUGGCUUCCCUAACCGAGAAGCAACUUGCUUCUUUGUACUCUGUGCCUCCUAACCAUAAAAACGAGACUCUGCUGUCUAUGCCAGCCUCUGUCGCGUCUGCCCUGCACAUGCAGCCAGCCCUGGCUAUGUCCAUGGACUUCAGUGCGUAUGGGGGGCUGCUUCCCCAGAGCUUCAUCCAGAGGGAGUUCUUCAACAAGCUGGGGGAGCUCGCUGCUGGCAUUAAGACCGAAAACCGAAGCCAGAACGAGCGGUGCAAUGUGUGUGGUGCCGAGCUGCCUGACAAUGACGCUGUGGAGCAACACAGGAACCUGCACAGCGGAAUGAAAAUCUAUGGCUGUGAGCUCUGUGGAAAGCGUUUCCUCGAUAGUUUACGGCUUAGGAUGCAUUUGCUGUCUCACUCAGCGGGGGCUAAAGUCUUUGUUUGCGAUCAGUGUGGAGCACAGUUUUCAACAGAGGACGCCCUCGAAGCACACAGACAGACGCACACAGGUGCAGACAUGGCCAUCUUCUGCCUGCUGUGUGGCAAGCGAUUCCAGACCCAGACAGCUCUGCAGCAGCACAUGGAAGUCCACGCUGGGGUUCGGAGCUACAUCUGCAGCGAAUGCAAUCGCACCUUCCCGAGCCACACUGCACUCAAGCGCCACCUGCGUUCACAUACAGGUGAUCACCCCUUUGAAUGCGAGUUCUGCGGGAGCUGCUUCCGGGAUGAGAGCACGCUGAAGGGCCACAAGCGGAUCCACACAGGCGAGAAGCCGUACGAGUGCAACGGUUGUGGGAAGAAGUUCAGCCUCAAGCACCAGCUGGAGACUCACUACCGCGUACACACAGGUGAGAAGCCCUUCGAAUGCAAGCUGUGCCACCAGCGGUCUAGGGAUUAUUCAGCGAUGAUCAAGCACCUGCGGACCCAUAAUGGGGCUUCUCCCUACCAAUGUACCAUCUGCCUGGAGUACUGCCCAAGCCUGUCCGCCAUGCAGAAACACAUGAAGGGCCACAAGCCAGAGGACAUUCCACCAGACUGGAGGAUAGAGAAGACCUAUUUGUAUCUGUGCUAUGUCUGAGCGUGGAAAACAAAAAAAAUAGUUAAGCCGUUUAAAAAGGAACACAAUUACACACAGUCAGAAUGAAAGAAACUAAAGAAGAUGGGGAACAGAAUUAUACAGUACAAGUGAAAGGGCUGGGCAUGGCGAGAGAAAGGAGGAAGGAGGGGAGCGAGGUUUUCAGAGAAAAAGGUUAGGGCUGCCUGCUCUGAAGCACGUGUAGCUUUUUGUCUCCGGGCAGAUCACCAUAUAUAAAAUGUAAAAAAUAAAAAGCAAAUGCUUUCCCACACUCUUGAGACAGCUGCUCUGUCACAUCUCUUGUCACAUCCUUAGAGGCCACAAGAAGCUCAGACAGAUCCAUCUCUAUGUUCUACCGGGUUCCGUUGCUUUUCUCCUUUUUCCCAGAGCCUGGGUCCCAAUCCAUCAGCCCUCUGAUCCUCCUGUCUGUCGAACUUGCAAACCGACACCCUUAGCAGAAGCUUAGCUCUAGUUUGCAAAGUUCCACUUGCUGCUAAGAGAGGAAGACCUUUUUAUGCCUUAUUAUUGGCUGUGACAGUAAGAAUUUUUAAGAAAUUUUGAUUUACUUUACUUUCUUACUUUUUUGGCAAAGGAAAAGCAGUGUGCCUUCCACUCUUCCAUGAAUGACAGAGCAAAGCUCAGAUUUGAAGGGCAGUUUCUUUUUGACUGCUCCCUCUGAUAACUGAAUCAUCUUUCUUCGCCUUUUGGCAGAAUUUGAUUUCUUCUCUGUCUGCCCAGGCUCUGGUCAAUGCACUGUGGUGUCGCCUUGAAUGAGGCUCGCCAUACUGUACCUGAUGUAGAUAAAUACAUAGAGCACUUAAAUUUUCAAUGCUGGUGUUCCUUCAGCUAUGAAUCUGAUUUGUAGCAAGUGUGGCCCAAGACAUUAGUGGCAGGUCCAGUAUUGCAGCAUAGAGUAAAAUGAAUGUGGUUUUCAUGUUAUUCUGUCAUUAUCCGUUCAUUUACUCAGAUGUCCUGGCCUUUUGUGAGUAAGAUGUGAUGUUUAAGGGAUGUGCUCACAUGGGAAUUCAAAGAGUAGCCCUCCUAGGCUGACAUUAUCAGUUGAUUUCCGCACCUAAACCUACCUUCUUAAGGGCUUAUCAAGAAAGCAAUUUAACCAGGGGCUGGUGCAGUUCUGCGUGUCGUGACAAAAUCUGUACUGAAUCUGCAACUGCCAUGUCAAAAUCAUAUCUUUGCAAGCUUUGGUCAGAUGCACAGCUCAGCCAUAUCGCAUUGACAGUGUGUUUCAGCUUCUGAAACCCUGAUUUCUGAAAUAGCCUUGGAUUCUUUCAGGCAGGAGCCCUGCUCAAUUACCCAUUGAAUAGUAUUUCCAGAAAACGAUCAUCAGUAUAUGCAUUUGGUUAUUCCUUGGCACACACAAUUACAUAUACAGUACCUGAACAGUGCUGCACACUACUAUUAUCCUUAUGCCAAUACAGUAGAGACCAAAAGGACAAAUGUGGUUGUAUCACAUUUGCCAAGUAACAUUUUGGUCCUUAAAAAUGCAGUAUGUUUGAGAGCAUAUCUAAAUAAACACUGUUAGUAAAAGUCUCACAGCUGUGAUGUAAGGCAUCAGCCUGAAUAGUAUAAUUGCCCAGCCCUGGUGGCUUGUCAUUUAAGAAGGAAAAAAAAAAGGAAACUAUAUAUAUAUUUUGUUUUGCUUUGUCUUCUUUUUUUUACCAUGGUGUAUUUCAGCACAUUGUACUUGAAUUACCUCGUUUUUGUGACCUCAUAAGCUUGUAUUUUUAUUUUAUUAUUAUUUUUUUAAUUACUCUUCUUUUUUUGUGUGUUUGAAAGCUGUGUCACAGUAAAGUGACGUGGAAAAGAGGUGUAUACUUGGGAAUUAAGGAGUACUUAAGUGCCGCAGUGAAAAUAGCAAUUAUUUUACUUUUUAUUGUAUUUUGUGUAUUAUUGUUACCAAAAUUGGUAUUUUUUAUUAGCCCAUCUUAUUAAGAGAGCUGGGUUUGAGGGUUUCUUUUUUUGGUCAUAAAAGCUACCUCUUAAGUUGUUGUUUUGUUGUUGUUUAUUCAGUUGCAAACAGCACAUUUUGUAGUACUUGUGUUUUGCAUUGUGACAUCGUUGAUACUUCAUCUCAUGCUUUAUCUUCAAGUGUUUUUUUUGUGUCAAUAUGUGUACCUUAGCAACAUUACAUAAAGGGUUAGAAAGAUAGUUGUGGAUAGGGAUAAAGGGAAAAGGCUUCCCUCCCCCCCAUUUGUCCCCUCCACUCCUUCAAUUUCUUGGUGGAAAAAAAGAUUUUUGAAGCCUUAAGAAUGGGUAAGAGUUUGAAGUGGGAAGCAUUUCUGGAUUAGUAAAAGCAUAGUACUUUAAAGUGAGUUAAAAAAAGUGUUAAACUUGAAAUAUGUGAAUAGAAUUGUAGUUUUGUAAUAAUGUGAAAAAAGAGGGGUUCAUUGAUCCUGAACCACUAAGAGCAGGUCAAAUAUGCAUUGAUGCAGUGUGCGUUGGACAAUUGGGACUGCAAGUGGUAAUCAAAGAACAGAAAAAAAGAAAGAAAAAAAGAAAUACUGUUGGUCGACAGACCUUUAAAGAACUGAGGCGAGUAUGUUCCUGAAUAAGAACCAACAGAGCUGGUUUGAUAUAUAAAAUUGUGAUAUUUUUGUAUUAAGUGUUAAGUCCCUUUCCAUUUGUCAGGCUUUCAGUAGGGCAAAUGUUUUUAUUUUUUCAACUUGGGUUUCAACUUUUCUUGGGUUAAUUUUUUUUUCCUUGCCCUACGCCUCUUCUGUAAUGUUGAACAUAAAUGUGUGUGACAAUGUAGUAUUAAGUGUUGCUUUCUGGAUGUCACUGAAUUGUUGGAGAAGUACUAAAUCUAACUGCCACAAAGCCACUCAUUAUAACAGACCUAACAAAUUGGAGUCGAGCGCUGCCGAUUCUUAGGAAUUUUUAUGCUUUAUUCGCUUGUAUUUUUAUUAUUACUUGAAAUGACCGAAAGGGAGAGAAUGAGUUUCGUUACGAAGCAUUUCUAUAGCAGUAAAAAGUGCAGUACUUUACCUUUUAGGUUUUCAAAUUCUUCCAAACACUGUGAACUAAGGGGUUUAUUCCUAAAAUCUUGAUAAUUGGUAAAUAAGUUGAAAGGUGAUUUCUAAGAGAACCUGGCAAAAGUAUUCCUCUGGUUUGCAUACCUGCUACAGAUCUGUACAUUAGGAGAGUCACACUAAAAACCAAGACAAGAUCAAGAUCCUGGCAACACAUUUCUGAAAGGUUACGGACAUUUAUGUGUGUGUGGUUGUGUGUGUGAGAGAGAAUGUCCGUGUCAAUUAUAAGUGCACUAAAUGGACACAAACACAAGCUCCAUUCUAAGCCCCUUUUAUCAAAAUGCAUUUUUCAAAAGGAUUUGGCAUUGAUUUAGUUCUUCCCACAAAUGUAACUCUGGAAUUGGCUUUAGCUGUUUCUGUAAUCUUUGUGCCUAAAAUGAAAAUGUUCAACGAAAUGUCCGUUUAUAUCUGCUUAGUUUUUGUACUUUCAAAAAAAAAAGUGUUUAACCUACUGGGGAUGUCAUGAUAGGAUGACAGGAUUUUUUUGAGGUAUUUUGUUUUUUGUUACUAUUGAGGGAACGAAAUUUGUAACGCAGUUCUGGGAGAAGGCCGUGUUAGAUUUUGUGUGUCUUCUGUUUCAAAUCCGACAGCUGUUCAAAAACACAUCUUCCAACUGCCAUAUCAUGAACGUCAGUUAAAAUGACAUGAAUGUCAUGGUAUGACUCUUUGAGAGGAAGUUGUUACCUUACUUACUAAAUGACUACAACGGAACGAAAUUGUGCCAUACCUUGUAGAAACAGUCAAAAUGAAGACAUGCAUUCACUGGUACAGGAUCUAAAAGGAAGGAAAUGCUACAGUUUAUUCAAAUUAAACUCAGCCCAAAAUGGGAGGAGGGUGGGGUGAGAAUGAUUGAUGGAGUAUGCUAUAUUUCAGUCAUUUUAAGCACUGUGGCAACGUUGUCAAAUAUACUAUAUGGAUUUUUAUCCAGCCUUAAGUUUCAGAGUGACCGGUGAAUAUGGAAAGCACUCUUUGCUCAUAAACUGAACUUCCAGGUUUAUGAUAAUGGGAUACUUUCAGUUUUGUGGUUCAGACGUCCACAGGAAAUAUACUUUAUACUAUAUCAAGAUUAUUUUGGGGAAAAAAUUCUGCUCAGAAUAUCAUGCCAUCCCAACUCUUCAAUCACUGUGUUCCAGUGUGGUGUUCUAGAAUGAGUAGCCAUUUCACACAGUGAUGUCAUUGCACGUGCCAUUUACCUAACUGCUCAAGUAAUGAAGCACCAAGACAUUGUCUUUUUUAUAUAAAAGCACUGAGGACCAAUUGCCCUGUCGGACCAAGUGUAACAAAGCUUUUUUUUUUCCUUUCUUUUUUGGGCUUGUCUGUGAUUUUUUUUUCUCUUUUUUUGUGACAGCACAAGUGCCAGUCAAUUUGCUCUGUAUUAAAAACAAUAGUGUUUUUUUUAUUAUUAUUUUGAAUUGAUGUUAUAGUUACGUCUACCUCAGCACCUCUUCUUAGCCUAAUCUUAGAAGGUGCCCGAUUAUUAUUUUUUUUUCUUCUUUUUGUCAUUUGUAUAAACUUUAUUUGCAUUAGUGCUUUGCAAGGUCCUUUGUCUUUUCCAGUAAAGAAAAAAUAAAAGACAUGCUGUUUUUGAGGCGCUGUUUUACAUAGUGGCUGCAGAUACCAGCAUUGGUUUCUUUAAUUUUUUUUUUCUUUCAGUGUAGGUUCAGACACAUCUCUUUGUAACUUUUCAGUGUUCUCUGAUGGAGUGUGGAAAAUAAAUAAAUAAAAGAGAUUUAAUGCUGCAGGUUUUCUUCUCCAUGUUGUCACUAAGUGAAGUUUGUGCCUUCAAUAGCGAAAGAGAAUAUUUUUUACAUCCUACUAACAGUAGAUUGUUUUGUAGUGGACAUUUUUUGUAUUUUUAUUUAUAAGUCUCAUAAAGAAAUAACAAUGUUCAGUUGUAUACCUUAAAUCUGCAGUUAGAAAAAAAAUAAACAAAAUGGACUGAA